AUGUCAGGUACACAAGCAAGUUUGUUUAUCAACAAUGAGUUCGUGGAUGCCGUGAGCAAAAAAACGUUCCCUACCAUCAAUCCUCAAGAUGAAUCCGUUAUAUGUCAAGUAGCUGAAGGCGAUAAGGCUGAUAUUGACUUGGCAGUGUCUGCAGCUGUGAAGGCAUUCCAUCGUUACUCCGAAUGGAGGAAGCUUGACGCGUCCCAAAGAGGCAGACUACUUCUCAAAUUAGCUGACUUAAUUGAGAGAGAUGCCGACUAUCUGGGUAAAUUGGAAACAUUGGACAAUGGAAAACCAGUCGCCCAAGCCAUUGGAGAGGCCAUAUGGUCCACAAAUAUAAUAAGAUACUAUGCCGGAAAAGCUGAUAAGAUAUUGGGAAAUACCAUUCCAGCAGACGGCGAAGUUCUCUCUAUGACACUCAAAGAACCAGUUGGUGUUUGCGGUCAAAUUCUACCAUGGAACUAUCCCAUUCCGAUGUUCGUGUGGAAAAUAGCUCCAGCUCUUGCAGCAGGUUGCACAGUGGUCGUCAAGCCAGCAGAACAAACUCCACUCACCGCUUUAGCUUUAGCAGCGUUGGUUAAAGAGGCUGGUUUCCCCGCUGGCGUUGUUAAUGUUGUCCCCGGCUAUGGACCUACUGCUGGCGCAGCCCUUACAAGCCACCCUCAGGUUGACAAAAUGGCCUUCACUGGAUCCACUGAAGUUGGCCGCAUCAUCAUGAAAGGCGCUAGCGAGGUCAAUCUGAAACGUGUGACCCUUGAAUUGGGAGGCAAGAGUCCUCUGGUCGUGUUCAAUGACGCUGAUGUUGACAAGGCUGCCGAAAUUGCUCAUCGUGCUGCUUUCGCCAACGCUGGUCAAUGCUGCGUUGCUGGUACAAGAACCUAUGUCCAAUCUGGCAUUUACGAUAAGUUUGUCGCGAAGGCUGCUGAGAUCGCUAAGAAGAGAUCCGUUGGUAAUCCUUACACCGACGUCCAACAGGGACCACAGAUCGAUGAUGAAAUGUUCACAAAAGUGAUGGGUUACAUCAACGCUGGUAAGAAAGAAGGCGCGAAGUGUGUCGCUGGAGGUGAUCGCCACGGUAAAGUCGGCUUCUUCGUUCAACCAACUGUGUUUGCUGACGUUACUGACAAUAUGAAAAUCGCCAGAGAAGAAAUCUUCGGUCCAGUUCAAAGCAUCUUAAAAUUCGAGACAUUCGAGGAAGUCAUUGACCGUGCGAACGAUUCCAACUACGGUCUCGGAGCUGGUGUCAUCACCAACGACAUCACACUAGCCAUGGCUUUUGUGAGACACGUCCGUGCUGGCAGCGUUUGGGUUAACACUUACGAGCAUGUUGCCCCACAAACACCAUUCGGCGGUUUCAGGGAAUCCGGUAUUGGUCGUGAAUUGGGAGAAGAUGGUAUCAUGCAGUACUUGGAGAACAAGACCGUUACAAUUAACCUACCAAAGGCACCCAUUGCAUAA